CAGAGCUUGUGUACGUGUACGUCAGGAUCGCUGUCAAAAAUCGGGUUUCCUCUGCGACGGUCGGACGUGUCUGUGCGCUCCCGUGUUGAGAGCAAAGUGAAAAUUUUCUACGAAAUCAUCAAAAAUGUACUUAAUUUACGUUACGUAACUUGUGUGUAAGUGUGCUGUCGUAAUGAAAUGCCGAAAAUAUUGCAAUCUAAUCGAUCAAAAGUGGCAAAUAUUGAGUGCUUGCGAAGUGUGAACAAAGUGCAAUAGGAAGAAAAAUCGGUGAAAUUUGUGAAUUCUCAUUGUCCUGUUGUCGUCGGGCGGCCCAGAAGAGGCGAGAAGUGUAAAAGUAGUGUAAAAUUAAAGCGAUUUGUCUCAGCAAGAAUCGUGUUCGGUGGGGAAAGGUUUCAUCAUUUAGUUGGAGCAAAGAAUUGAGGUAGAGGAAUCGUCUUACACACACAACGGAUCCGGCAUUACACGACGACGACGACAGUUUUUUUUCUCCUCCUUCUCUUCUGUUCAACCUUGAGCGGCCUUUCGAAACAUUAAAACACAGGAAAUAAAUUAUCCAUCUACCGACCAGCACACGGUGUGUCGCCUCCUUCUCCAUGUCAAACCCGCCGGAAGUACUGCAACAAUAGGGCGGCCAAGCUGCUGCUGCUGCUACUACAGUGUGUGUUUCUAGGCCUAGGAACAUACGACCUCGAAGCAGAAGACAUGAUAGCGGCUCAUCCGACGGCCCUUGUCGACCAUUGGCAGUAUUGGACGGGCUUGCAGAGCGGCAAGAGUCGCCUUCCUUGAGCCGGAAGUGUGCACAUCUAUUACCUAUCCAUCAUCCUGCGCUCCUCCUCCCCGUCUCCUCCGUUGCAGCUGCAUUUUUGUGGAGCCGGUGUGUGCAGUUGUGUGGAGCUUUUAAAAUACGGUUCAUUCUUCGCGGAGCACUAACUCUUUCCGUUGGAUGAAAAUGACAACGUCCGGUGGAACAAUCGACGGUGGCAACAGCCAACGCAAAGGUCAUAGGCGCAACGAGUCCAUGUACGCCAUGACCGGGCUGUACUCGGAGGCACAGACCGACGACAGCAGUGCCGACAUACCGCAGGACACCGAGUCCGAAUCGCUGCCCAUGUCGGUCAACACGGCGACCACGACCGCCAGCACUACGGCAACAUCGGCCACGGCGACCGCCGACACCGUCAUCAAGUGCCACAGCCGGCAGCCGUCGAGCAGUGUAAUGAUGGACCGGGACAAGCCGCUACCGAACGUGCUGCUGAUCAACGACGACUACAUGCGCGACUGUGGCAUCCUAAACUGCCGACCUUCGGCGGUACAACAUUUCGCCCGGAUAAAGGUGUUUGUCCUGCUCCUUUCCAUUCUCGUGACGCUACAGCAGGCGCUCAGCUCCGGCUACAUCAACUCAGUGAUAACGACAAUAGAGAAGCGGUUCGAAAUACCGUCCAGCCUGUCCGGGCUGAUAGCGUCCAGCUACGAGAUUGGCAACGUUAUAACGGUCAUUUUCGUCAGCUACCUUGGCAGCCGGCGCCACAUCCCCGUGUGGAUCGGUAUUGGCGCCGUCAUCAUGGGCAUCGGGUCGCUCGUGUUCAUGCUGCCCCACUUUACCGGCGAGCCCAACCCGGGCAUACUGAUUGACAAUAAAACGUCCGACAACAUCUGCCGGCUGGUGUCGGUACGUGAGCAGGACAUGGGCCUGGGCCGGCUCUCCAACAGCCUGUCCAAUCCACCGCUCACGUCGCACAACUUACGAGGUGACAACUGUUUGAAAAGUAAAGCGUCCACCUUCGGGCCUGUGAUACUGUUUGUGAUUGCGCAAAUACUGCUCGGAGGCGGCGGAAGUCCCCUGUUCACGCUCGGCACGACGUACGUGGACGAUCACGUCCGGAAGGAAAGCUCAUCGAUGUAUAUCGGUGCUAUGUACAGUAUGGCCGCGUUCGGUCCCGUGCUUGGCUUCCUGCUCGGUGCUUAUCUGCUGUCCUUCCAUAUGGAUUCCUUUUCCGGCAGCGAUAUCAAUAUCGAUCCUGACGAUCGACGAUGGGUCGGUAUGUGGUGGGGCGGCUUCUUAGUGUGCGGCAUCCUGCUCAUCAUUGUGGCGGUGCCGUUUUUCUCCUUUCCCAAGGUACUGACACGCGAGAAGAAGAAAAUACGCAUUGCCGAACAGCGGUUACCCCAGCUGCAGCAAUUAACAUCGAACAACUCGAGCAGCUUGCCCCGAUCGCAGCCGAAUCUCGCCCAGCAGCAGCAGCAAACGGGCACUCUGCAACAGCAGCCGCUGCCAUCACAACAGCAGCAGCAGCAACAACAAACAGGCCACGGUGCCAAUAACGCCGCACCGCAGGCAAACAAAACGGGCGAGGACACCGGAUAUGGAAAGGACAUUAAAGAUAUACCCCAGUCCAUGUGGCGCCUGGUGACGAACCCGGUGUACAUCGUUACCUGUCUCGGCGCCUGCAUGGAGCUGAUGAUAGUGUCCGGCUUUGUCGUGUUCCUGCCGAAGUAUCUCGAGACGCAGUUCAGCCUGGGGAAGAGUCAGGCGAGCGUCUUCACUGGGUCGAUUGCCGUCCCAGGUGCCUGCAUCGGCAUCUUCAUCGGUGGCUGCAUACUGAAGCGCUUCCAGCUGAAGCCGAAGGGUGCGGUACAGUUUGUGCUCAUCUCGAAUCUGAUCUGUUUGUCGUGCUACGGGCUGCUGUUCUUCCUGGGCUGCGAGAAUCUCAAGAUGGCCGGCACGACCAUACCGUACUACAACAGCUCCGCCCACAGCGUGGAACCGUUCCAGGUGAAUCUGACGGCGGCGUGCAAUUUCGGCUGCGAGUGUCACAUGUACGACGUGGAGCCGGUGUGCGGCAACAACGGGCUGACCUAUUUCAGCCCGUGCCACGCGGGCUGCACUGCGUUCUCGUCCAGCUCGAACUACACCAACUGUGCUUGCGUUCAAGCGAACGUUACUAACAACAGCAUUUACCGAGGGGCGGAAGGUACACAGGCACAGGCGCUGAACGCGCACGAAGCAUUCGCCGAGGUCACGGUAGUGCCGGUGGCUACUGCAGGCGUCUGCAACACACCGUGCCGGACGAUCUAUCCCUUCCUGAUACUGCUGUUCUUCAUGACGUUCGUCGUGGCUUCAACGCAAAUGCCUCUGCUGAUGAUAGUGUUGAGGUCCGUGUCGGAGGAGGAACGUUCGUUUGCGCUCGGCAUGCAGUUUGUUAUCUUCCGUCUGUUCGGCUACAUCCCGGCACCGAUCGUGUUUGGCAAUCUGAUCGAUUCCUCCUGCCUGCUGUGGAAGUCGACCUGCGGCGAAAAGGGAGGCCGCUGCCUGAUUUACGACAUUGAAAAGUUCCGCUACAAAUAUGUUGGAUUAUGUGCGUCAAUUAAAAUCAUUGCCUUGGUGAUCUUCAUCAUUGACUGGUGGCUGGUGCGAAGGCGAAAAAAUCUGGACAAGAUGAACCCACUGUCGACGAACGAGCUGGUUGGAUCGAUUAUAAGUUUAGACAAAUUGUUUGAGGAGAAGAGUACAUUGGAUGAAAACAUCGCGGUUCCGUUCAAUGGUGAAUGCAUUUCUGGGGACGCACUGGCAGACAACAGUAAGCGAAUUCUGGUCGCUAGCCGCCAUCAGCGGAACGAUUCCAAAACCAUACAGUUGGAAUACAGAUACGACGACGGUGUCCAUCAACCGUACCGCUUGCCGCCGGCAGCGGCAGCCACCCGCAAACACUACCGCAGCAAUUCCUGUGAUAUCAAAAUUCAGCGCAGCAACUCGGCCACCAACCGGGAGGUGGACUUCCACGACUGGAAGCUGAAGCGGUUCAUGCGGCACCACACCCGCAACAACUCGCACGACUACAACAACGACCACCAUCGCCAUCAGCAGCAGCAGUCGCAGCAGCAAACGUCCUCUUCCGGCCAUCUCGGGCGGUGGAUCGCGCUGCAGCAGCACCACAACAGUGCCGGCGAGCAGCCGCCCUCGCUGGCGUCGGGCGGCGCUAGCAACAUACGCUACAUCCUGAACCAUCUGAAGCCGGGCUCGAGCAGUGGCUCGGAGCACGUGAAGCUCGGCUACAGUAGCAGCUGCAGCGGCGGCGGUGCUGGUGGAGGAGCACCGACGAAGAAGAAGCGGCACACGCGCAACUACUCCUACGGGCAGGAGUUCUCCUUCCUGCCAAACAAUGUUAUCAUCCGGCUCGAUAACGACAUUGCCAACAAGUUCCUCAGCUCCACCGGCGCCCUGGUGACCGGUGGCGGCUCGUCACGGAAAAGUUCCUUCUCGCACGACGUGGCGGUGCUGAAGAACAACAACAUCGGGGCGGUGGCGGGCUGCGGCGGUAUGUCCGGUGCGAAGCUGAACAACAUGAAGCACUCGAGCGAUCUGAACGAGGAGCUCGAGUCGAAGUACGGGAAGGGCCAUUCGCGCACGAGUUCGCGCGAUUUGAACCUGCUCAAUCUGGCGCCCGGUGCGCUGGCCGGAUCGGGGGUCGUCGAACCGAGCGGGCCGAGCGGUAUCCUCGGUGGGAUCAAAUCACUGAUCGAAGAUUCGAACAGCAUACUGCGCCAUCGGCGCACCAACUCGAAGGAUCUGAAGUACGGCGGGUACCAGCCGUGCAGUGGCGGCACCGAUGCGGCGUCCACCAUCGUUGUCGGUACGAAUGCGCUGGCGCGUAAGCUCUCGUCGGCAGCCGCCACUACGCUGCCGCCACCGGUCGAGCUGGGCCACGACGGGUCGUCGGGGCGCAGCUCUUCCGUGCUGUCGCCGGUGGUGUCCUCCUGCCUCGCCACGAUUGCGGGCAGCGAUUGUGUGGGCAGUGUGCAGCCGGAAUCGUUGCAGCUACUGCUGGACAAAAACAGCGUACUGCCCGAGGAGGAACCGACCUGCUGCUCUUCGCCGUCUGCCUCCUCCUCCUCCUCGUCCUCGUCGCCAUCCGCUUCUUCCGCCUCGUCGUCCACGGCCGGAGCAAACGUUUAGCCGGAGCUAGGGUGCCGAAGGGCCACUUGGGAGUUAGGAACGAUGGUGGUGCAUUUAUAUUCGUACUGUUUGUCGCUAACAAAUCCUCGUUGCCUGCUGCAUGCUGGUAAGGGAGCUUGUAGGGAUGAUGGACCUCAAUUUCUAAGCUUAAUUCUCCUAACCCAAUCUCCAUGAGACACGGCGCAGAGCGGGUUCGUCGUCUCAGCAUCGCCCCAGAAUCGGAACGAUGGAAUGGUUUCAAUCGAUUAAAACAAAUCCAAUUCCACGGGAAAUAAUAAUCAUUAUUAUCGACGUUUUCGGUCGUUUCUAUCGCAAUUCCCGGUCAGUGAGCGUAUAUUUGGAACACUUUCUGCUGUACCACGGUGAUGCUGCGUGCUACGUGUCUGGAAAUUGAGAGAAAAAAGAAUACACAGAAAAAAAACAUGUCUUACCAGUUGAGGAAAAGGAAAAAUGGGAAUGUUACGUCUAGUAAGUCGCCAAAUUUCCAAAAUUGAUUUGGGUAAAUAUUUGGACGAUGAAACGGAGGCAUUCUUCAUUAUCCUCUCCUCACUAGAAAAAAAUUAAUAAGCGCAUUAGAGUGCAUUGGCGUGUAAUUGUUGCGUGCGUGUGUGCAAGUGAUUGCUGUGUGUGCAUUUAGCUUUUAAGAAGUCCCAUUGCUGUCCUCAAAACGCGGACAUCCUCCCGAUGGACCUUGGAUACGGGACACUGGACUUCUUGUACAGGGAGGAGGAGGAGGAAAAGGAGGUACGCUCAAGCGCGCCCCCGCCCGUGGGAUGUUGCUGGAGAAGCGGCAUAUGGACUGAUGAACUGAUGAGUGUGUAGGGUAUAACACAGAUGUAAUAGCAAUAUAACCUAGAUCCUAUAAUUAAUAUGUACACAACUACAAUUGAUUCUCACGCGUAGGUUGUGUUGAGAGUCCAGCACAUAAUGUGAUGUCGCGAUCGGGAGGGAUGGGAGUUGAGUGAGAAGAGAGGGAUGGGAGGAUGUGUGUUUUCGAGAAAUCACGCGUCGCGCAAGUAGUUGUGUAUAGCAAAUCGAGUAAGAGAGAUCCAGUAAAUCUAAAGCAAACAUAUUUUUUAUAUCAAACUAUUAGCAAAAUGUGGCCGGCUCGCGUCGUGGUGGUACUGUAGAGUUGUGCUGUAGUGAGAGAGAGAGAGAGAGAAAAAGAGGGUGCAGGUGGGAAAGGAAUGUAAGCAAUUUUAGUGAAACGGAAAUGUACAACGGCAGCAGCAGCAGGUUGUUGGUUGUUUUAGACAGUCCAGUGCGGAACGGUGUCAAAAAAGAAUAGAUGAAUGCAGUUUAUUUAGGUCCUAGUAGAACAAUUUGCUAAACAGAAUGUGAAGAUAUUCUAACACCCCACAAAACAAACACAUAAACACCACCACCAAGCAGUGAAAUAACGCUCCGGAAGCGACAGAAGCAUAAAUAUGCCCUCACUUCGUAGUAAACCCAAUCCUUUCUUAUUCCUUUCUUUUACGGCAAUGGUAACACAUACCCUAGUGAUUGUUUUUUUUAAAAAAGAAAGUGUGCUGUUGUGACACAUUCAUACACAAAUAACUACAUUUUAAUCUCAAAAACACUCAAAUGGUAACACAAAACUGGCUCGAAUCUUAUUAAUAGUAGGUGGAAAUGAUUGCUCUUUCCGUGUGCGUGUUUGACCCAAGGCGAGCGCGCCAACAAGUGCUGUGCAAUAGGAGAAAGAGGACAGAUUUUUAGAGCCUUUCGACGCAAUGGUUACACACACACACAAACAAACACAUGGUUGAAACUAAUGGAGCUGUGAGCAUUAAUUAGAAGAAAAUGCAUUACAAUACAAUAGGCGAACAAAGCAGAGAGAGAAUGGAACAAGUGACGGUCAAUUGGAAUAUGAGCAAGCAGAAGGAUGUGAUCGUGAAGGAAGCGCGACUAAGCAAGGUAGUAGUGAAUGCUUCUUUUUUUGUUAUAAAUUGUUACUUUUUCCCCCACUUUCUUUCGUUUGUAAUUAUUAAACCCGUUUCUUUCGAAUUAUAAUCCAAAAUUGUAAAGACAAAAAAAUCAUACCCCUCCCUUUGGCUUGGGUUUGGCUUGGUAUCACAGUUUGUGGUCCACAAGUUAAGCGUGAGCGCAAAAUUUAACCUUAAACUUAUGUGUGUGUGGGUAUGCUUUCGGAUUCGGAUUAGCAGCAUGUUUCGCAUAUAUAAAUUAAAAGGUAGAAGACUCAUUGUUCGAGCAGAGUUUAAAAAAAAAACAUUUGUAGCAUUAAUUACCACACGUAACAAGUUUUUGUGUAAUGAAACAAACAAAAAAAAGAAGAAAACAAAACAAACAAACCCCGAAACAGGACUCGUUGGAUUUUUUGUGCAUUGCUUAUUCUUUCUCUCCUAAAACAACAACACAUUAUAACGUUUAAUCAGGGGGAGGUAAACAAAAAUGUUCCAAUGUUUGAUUGUGAGAAACAAAAACCAGACAAAAACGUAAAUAGGUUAACGAAAUUAAUCUCACCCAAUUAACAAACAAAAACAAUUUAAAAAAAGCAAACUAAAACAACAUUGUGUUUGGUAGAGUUUUUGCUAGAGAUCCCUUUCUAGUUGCAGCGGAAUGAAAGAGGCAGUGGCGCUCGCUACACACUAGAGAGAGAGGGAGAGAAUUUAAACGUUACUUAGAACAGGAUGCUCGUGCUCGUGCGCAUUUCGGGCAUUUAGUUUUAGUGAGUUUUAUUGCUUUUAGAGCGCUCCCUUUUCCGUACGUACGUUCCUCCGUGCGUACGGCUUUGUACGGUGGGAUAUAGUUUUUACUACAAACUACAAACCAGAGGGUGCAGUUGUUUCUCAUUCAUUACUUGGCCCCAUCGGUCCGGCAUCGCAGCAUUUAGGCAGUGCGCAAAGAGACAAGACACACAAGCAUCAGGACAAUUUGCGUAGAAACAUUUGCAAAUCUUUCGUUUUUUGUAGCUGUUUAACAUUUUCCUUCAAUCGUGGAACAAAAGCCGCUUACUACCCGCUCCAUUCGAGAAAUGAAUGGUCAAAGGAUCAUUUACAUAGAAAUCCACUCUUGACCGUUGCUUACUUACGAAGAAACAAACAACACAACACAACAAAAUGGAACAAGCACAGUAAAGUAAACAAAGACGCAUGGCACAGUAGUAAAACAACACAGAGCCCCUGUUUUCCCGCCCCCAAAAUCCGUUCGUUAGAAACUCAGCUGCUCAUCAAAGACCGCAUACAUAUCGUGCAACAUAGCCUAGUGUCUCAGACGCAGAGAAGAGGAGAGAGAAGAGAGAACCAGUUAAGAUAAAUCAUGUGAAGCUGACGCCCAGCGAGGUGUCAGCAGGUGUGUGCAAUUGGAGAGAAAGAUAUAGAGAGGGAGAGAGAGAUAAUGGGAGAGAGAAGGAGAGAGAUAGUAAAAUAAAAGAAAUAACCCCGUUUCACAAAUCCGUGUCCUUAACACUGUACGGCCGCCUAGUACUGGAAAGCGUAGUAAAGCGCUACUAACGCGCAAUUGGCGCGCAAAACUGUGCGCAAAUCACGCGUCAAUCACGCGGUGGUGUUAAAAAGAGCCUUCCCUCUUCACCUUCCAUUGCUAUCACAUCCCCGAACGUUGUCAAUUAUUUCUGACGAGCUUUUCUGGUUUCCUGUGUAACCUGGACAAUGCUUUGGACACUCUUUCGUUGCUGGAGAAGCACGGCUGACAACACGCGCUUAUGAUCCGCUCUGCGCAAAGCGUUUGCGUACACAGAAGGAGAAGGAGGCCCACGUGAUGCGCGCGCGCGCACGCUGUAAAGCACCGUUCCUUGCAAUACACAGACAGAGAACGUUUUCGGAGGCAUUUGAAUUUGAAGGAAGUAGGCCGUAGAAACGGCAACGGAAGCUGUGGGAACGUGUUAUUCUUUUCGUUUCUUUUUUUAAGGUGAUACAAUAAAGCAGGAAAAUACAGAUUGCAAAUUUACAGAAAAAGUUCGCAAAUUUUAA